GUUUGGCGGCCAUAUUUAGUGGUUCAGAAGUGACGAGGAAACUUUGAACCCCCCUCUAAAACAACUUCCAAAACAAUCACUUCCGUCCACAACAAAUGAGUGAAAACUUACUUCCUGUUGAGCCGAGGAAAAAACAGUAAGUUUAGGUCGACUUGCCAUGGACCUUGGAGAAAAUUCCACUUUGCACGCCGAUACAGCGCUGGAAAAUGGAACAACGUGCGCCACGGCUACUGCCUUAGCGCAAGUGCUGGACUCGCAAGCUAUCUCUAGUACCUCUCUCGCUACCUUCUCUGUCACCUCUGUUCCCGGCUCGGCAGGUUUGGCUGUUUUAACUCCAUCUCUUGAUGGUACAACAACUGUUACGUCUCUGCCAGGCUUUACGCUGUCUAGCUUUGAUUCGGUGGACGUGAAGAAUGUCAGUGAAGCCAGUGAAUUAGCUGUUGCAACUGUAGGGGAAGAUGGCAGGUUUGUUCCCAAGGAUUAAGUACAGUACGUAUAUAUAUGAUUGAGCUUAUGUAAAAGUCGGUAAGAGAGAAAUUCAGUGUUAACUUGUCUUAUGUUUUCAGUAAUUGAAAAUUGCAUGUAGGUAUAUUUUGACUGAGACUUUUAAUAUCCAUAAAUCUUGCAUUUUAAACAAGUGAUAAACUAUAUUCAGAUGUACAUCAGUAAACUUGCACCUCAGACAUAAGCAGCAUGCUGUAAGCUUUGGUUGUAGUUGAUAUAUUAAACUUUAUGAUGCUGGUAUCGACCGUGCAUAGUCCUCCAUGAAUCAGAAGAUUUGAUCAAUCUUUAUACAGUCUCACAGUCACUUUGACUCAUGGCUGAAACUUAGAGUCUGCGGCAAGCUGGUAAAGACAUGCCAGCACUGGGAACAACUACAAGUCUUAGCCCAUUCCUGGGAUACCAACCUCUGCAAAGAUUUUCUCUUUUGCACUACCCCAACUUCCACGGCUUUUAGGUAGAACAGAGUUCCUAUUUUUAUAUACGGAUGUAAAUUUGAUAAGAUUACUGUGUUUAAAUAAAGUUUUGCUUCCUUCCUUCCUUCCCCCUUGACAAGUAACUCACCAGACCCAGACACCCACUCAUGACCCUGACAGAGCCCUUUUUUCAUGAACAUUAAAUCUUGUCAACUAGACUUAGAGUUUUUUGGCCAAAGUCACAAAAAGUUGACAAAAAUAGCAAAGGCACAUGAAAAAUUCUGCUGCCAAAAACCAUGACAUGACUCUGAGAAACAUAAUAAUUUUUGUGGGAUCUGAGAUUGAAAUAUCCUUUGCGUAGCAGCAUUUUAUUCUUGUUUUUAAUCCAUGCAGCCUCCAUUUUGCAUCAGCCACUCACAAUGCAGUUACCAGUUAUCAUGCACCACAAGGAAGCCAGUCUUUGCAAACAUCUGAAGCUGAUUUUGUAUCAGACCUUAGUCAAGGUGAGUUAUGACCAUCACUCUGAAGUGUAGGCACAUCCCUAGUUGGACUGCCGACUCCAAGGCAGUAUGCUCAUUGACCAGUAGCAGAUCUAGAGGACAGGCCCUGGGACCCAGUAUAACCUUCUUUUAUGGUCUGAGGUGUCAGUCAUCUCUUUGCAACCCUCCCCUUCCCCCAUUGGGGGGAGGGAGGGGUGGGUACAGAGAUGGCUGAUGUUUCAGACUACAGUUGAACCUUUGGGUGUGCGAAUGUUUUUGCUUGCAAAAACGCCGUGUUGAAACACCUGAAGAGAUGAGGAAAUGGGAUGAGUCAAAAAGGCGGGGGUUUGUGGAGAGAGAAGAGAAAACAUUUUUUUCUCCCCUCCCCUUCCUCCUUUCCUUUUUUUGCCCUAGCACCUACCCCUAAGGGUUACUAUUUUUACUCUCCCUAAUCUUCCUCCAUCAUAAAAUCAAAGAUGGUGGCUACAACAAUACAAACAUAAACAAGCAGCUUUCGCCCACCAAAAAUACGCCUGCACUGCAGGCUAUUAUAGAGGUUGGCCACUCCAUAAAGAUUCAUCAUAAAGUCAUGAAAUAAACAUGUGACAGAAGUGGCAUUUACUGGUCCACAAUCAGUCGUUACCUUCUAUUGCGGACUAUUUGUAUUUUCCUUCAUUGUUAGUGUAUCAGGCACUUGAUGAUGGUGUCAUAGAGUUGGCAAUAAAAGGAGCACUCUCAUCGAUUUAAAAUACUUUUCUACACUUAUUUCAGGACUUGGAACACUGGCUGCUAAUUAAUAGAGGUUCAACUGUACUUAACUCUUAUUUUAGACAUUAAAACUGAGACCCACGGGACUGAGGUGCUGAGAUCCUUUUUUUCCACCAGAGGACACACCCAUCGUACCUCAAGGUCCAUAUCCUCCCUGUGCACAUUUAGAGGGAUUUAGGAGGGAAGAGUGGGUUAUGAUCAUCAGGAAUUUUGAAGAAGAAAUUACCUGUAUACCUGUUGUUCUUCAAAAUCAUCCUCUAAUUUAUGAUUUCAGUGGAAAUUCUGAGUGGAGGAGAGAGUGAAGGAGGUUCUUUGGAGGAAACUGUCUGCCAAGAAACUCAAACACCCCAAGCUGUCUCAAACUCUCAUGGUGAUGUGGAGAAGUCAGUGGUAAGAAAAAACUGAAACUUGAAAACUUUAUUUUUACUCGAGGGUCUGGAGCUUAUUAGGCUCCUAGCUUAAGUAGCUAAUGAGUCGAGGUUAAAAACAAGCAAAGAAGAAAUGAAACUGAAUUUAAACUAUUUACAUCAUAAUGCGAUAUUGUUGACAGAUAAUGAUUCUAAAAGGUACAAUAUUAAUGAUAGUCUAACAGUUACAUAAAGAGCAGUUACAUGCGUCAAAUUCUUUCUGAUGCGUGUUACAAAUUUUUUAAGGGUCGGAGAAGUUCUUAGUUCAUCAUGUAGAGAGUUCCAGAUUUUUGGUCCAUAGUACCUAAAGGUGUUUAGUCCAUACUUGCUGUGGUGAUAACUCUGGGUUGUACAAGAAUCAAUUCACCCCGUAAAUUACGUGAUUUACUUCUAAGCGUCAGCAGAUUGCGAAGUGGAGUAGGUGUUAUUCCAUGAAUGACUUUAUAGAUAAGAAUACACAUGUCCUGGACUCUCCUGUCGUGCAGAGAAGGCAUGUUUGCUGUUUCCAGUAGAGUAGCAUAAGUAUUAGCAUUGUCAUUAAAAAUUAAUCGUAGACCCCGCUUGUUCAGUUUUUCAAGUUUGUCUGAUGCCGUUUUUCCACAGUGCAUCCACACUGUGGAACAAUAGGUGAAAUGAGGUAAAAUGUAAGCCUUAUAUAGCGUGAGUUUAGUUUGGAUGCUUAACAACUUUCUAAAGCGACUGAUGACUGCGAUCUGCUUGCUUGUCUUUUUGCAUAUUGAAGCUACAUGGUUGUUGAAAUUCAGCCAUUCGUCUAUGUGCACCCCCAGUAAUUUGCAGGAGGUGGAGGGCUCUAUCAAUGUUCCAUCGACCGAGAAAUUGAUUUUCUCUUCCUCUGUUUGGUUGUGUUUGGGAUUGUAAUGUUUUAGUUUUAACAAUCAUGCAAAAUAUUGAUAUUGGAAUACUGAAAUCUAAAAUGCUUUACAUGUACUUUUGCUUUAAUCGUACUGACUUGUAUCCUGGGGGAGGAACCCAUUCUGCCAGAAGAACGACGGGGAUGCUUUUCAGACAAUUAGAAGACCAUAUUAUUAGAAGUCGGAUUAUUAGGAAACCAAUCUUUGCAAGGAUUGAGUAGUUAACUUAAGAUAACUACAAACAAGUGUUAAGCUACUCUUUUGGCUGUCACUUUUAGAAAAAGAAAGGUGGUUGGCCAAAGGGAAAGAAGAGACGAAAAACAUUCCGUGACAGCAAUGCACCCAAAGCUCCCCUGACUGGCUAUGUGAAGUUUCUCACUGAACAGCGAGAGAAGGUUAGGGCCGAAAACCCCGAGUUGAGUUUUCCUGAAGUAACAAAGUUACUUGGUGCCCAGUGGAGUAAGUUGUCUUCUGAAGAAAAGCAGGUUAGAACAUGUUUUUGUCCUUCUUCUUGUUUCUUCAAGACUAUAAACCUGUCAACUCCUUAAAUAGUGGUAAAAGAAAAUAUUUGCCAAAAAAAAUUCAAAUAUUCUUUUUUUAGUAAAAUCCUAAGAAAAAUUGUAAUAUGCAGAAGUUUUAUUUGAAUGGUAACACCACAGGAUUUCGUCCACAGAUAUAAAUUAUAAUCUUGCCAUAAUAAUCUUGGUCUAGUAUUGAAAGGUUAAGCUGGUACUUGUGUAAGCUGGCCAAAAUUACAUGUCAGUCUAUGUGACCUCUAGGCUAAAUCUUUGCACCUGGCAAAAGGCAAUAUGCACAUGAUCAUGCUUGUGCUGUUGCUGUUUUUUUUUAGCAGGGAGGGGGUGUUCAAGUUUAACUUCUGGUUCGCUAGGAAUAAUAAUCUUAUUUCGCCCUUUCUGAAAUUCAAACAAAUGAUUUUUAAACUACAUGUAUGCUCUUUCACCCGUAAUGACAAAACUCCAACCUCUUGGACAAACCAGAGGGAUUGCUUAUACUUUGUUGCAAGGUGCAUGGAUACAUUGACUUCUAACUCUAAGUUGUGUUAUAAUGACAGUUCAGUAGAUAAGCAAAUAUCCCUGUAUUAUUCCAGGUUUACAUAUAACCUACAAUCUCAGACAAAAAUCUUGAAUCACUUUGGAAAAAUUUCGCUCCGUUACGUUCCCCCACCCCCUUUUGCGUUGCAGCGGGAAAGGGAAGUGCAUAAGUGUUUCAAGGAUUUUUAGCGAGGAUUGUAGCCUUCACCAGCAGCUACUGACAAUAUUUUUUUACUUUUUCUCUGAAGAGAUAUUUAGAUGAAGCAGACAAGGACAAAGAGAGAUACAUGUUGGAGUUGGAAGCUUAUCAAAAAACGGAUACUUACAGAAGCUUUUUGAAGAAGCAAGCAGAAAGAAAGAGAAAAAGUUAGCUACUCUUGUUCCAUUAUUCUGGUCUUAUCAUAAUGAGAAGUGGUAGCCUGCGUAGCAUGACGGUUUUGGUUUUUUCGUGGCUACGCCGCUCCUGCGCCCGGCUCGACAAAACCGCCAUGCUACGCAGGCUAGAGAAGUGGAAGACGACUGCUAGGCGAAGACCGAGUAGAUUCUUAUUGAGUGCUCAUCAAUUGUCAUUUCUUUGCUUUUUUCAGAUUUAGAGAACCCCAAUGGAUUCGACUCUAUUUCAAACGGAAUCGAGGUAACAACAGCAAUUCUGUCUGUGAAUGAAGAAAUGGCGUCCACGGCACGUAAUGUCAUUUUUAAGAAAAGAAUAACUCUUGUCUUUGACCCGCUUUUGUGUUACUCCUUAUAUCCGAGCCUACUAAAGAGUUUUAUUUAUAUAUGACUUCAUGAAAACGAAACAUUCAAAACCCACGCAUCUCUUUACCGUGUCGUCUGUAAAAAUAAUGUAACUGACACUGAAAUUAAAUUGCACUAAUUGAGUGUAUACUGAAAAUGAUGAUUGUAUAAGUGAGCUGUUUGUGGUCUCAUGUAGCUCUGUGCAGAGGACGAUCUCUAUUGCAAGCCGUGUAAUCAGUACUUCAACAACCUUCACAACAAGAGAGAGCACAUUCUUGGCCGAAAGCAUAAGCAAACGGUAUCAGGAAAGUUAAACGAAAGCGAAGAAGAGGAAGAUUUACCAGGAUUUAACGCUCCCGUCUUCACUGAAGAGUUUCUAAAACACAAUGAAAGUAAGUGCUGUUUCCUGUUACCCAUGACCAACCUCUCUUUGUGUUGGAAAAAGCCUACUAAAUCACUUCACAUUCUACCUAAAAAGAAGAACACUGACAGUCUGUUUAUGUGAGGUGAGUCAGCCCAGUCUAAGCGAAGUCUGACUGGAUAAGAAUGCGGAGCGUAGUGUAAACGCACUUGAGCAAAGCACACUAGCUUAAAGCGUCAGAUUCGAUGAGAACCAUAGUCUCAUUUCGCGUUUAAAAUUAUCGCUGAAUACAAACACCAAGUACAGAAUGAUACAGGUCAGCCUCGACCUAAAAAUAUAUUAUUCACAAAUGCCAGGAGGAAGAAACCUGAUCUUUAGAUAGAGGCUAACCCUGUAAAAAUUCAUCUUGAUGCCUUUUAUUGAAGCGGUAAUGACACAACUCGAAACAGAUGUAUUAAAGUUUUUAUGAACACUAAUGAGAACCAGGGAAAAGCAUUAAACCUGGUGAGUUGAUAUAGGAGCGUAUCAGUGAGAAUUGUGAAGGCAGCGCUUAAGGUCCAAGUAUGAAUAAACGAAGACUAAGCAGAUCAUCUGCUUCUGAGUGUACACGAGUGGAAGAGAGGACGUGAGUUUCGCAUUUGAUGAAGGGCUCAUUCAAAUCCCGUCAUCUUUUGAAACUCUCGCGAUUAAAUAAGUUGAUUUCCCCCUUUGCAUUUCAGUGCGUGAAGAAGAACUAAGACAACUCCGCAAAGCGGCAACAGAAUUUGAGGAACAAAAUGCAGUCAGUUCCAAACACGUGGAGAACUUAAAACAAGCAAUAGCAAAAAUCGAAAUGGAAACAAACCAACAAAGAAACGCGAACAUGGUUUUACAUAAUCACUUAAGUAAUCUCCGAGCUGCGCUUGUUCAAGCUUUUGCGAACUUGGUCUUGCCUGGCUCAAACGAGGUACCAACGUUAGAUACUAUAGACUCUUACAUGGCAAGACUGUAUUCAGUCAUUCUGGAUUCUCCUCAAGAGAACGAGGGACUCAUCACCAAUGUGCGAGAGAUUGUGUCUCGUCUUGGCGGCUUUCCAAAGUAAGUUGUGUGAGAUACAUAAUUUGGUGUAUAGUUGAAUACUCAAAUAGUGCCGACGUCAGAGUUUCAGAACCUUUAAGCUUCUUGAUUUUUGUUGUUAGCCUGCGCAGCUGGUGGGAUUCUCGGCAGGUAGCUGUAAUUCCCACGGGUAGCGAAUCCGAGCUUAAAAUUAUAAAUAUCUAUCAUCACCCACAAUACGUUUGGCAUUGCUGAUUCAAGCACUAUGUAGAACGCGUGUCGCCUACGAACCCCCACUAAAUGGCGCAAAAUGUCCCCCCAUAGCUCAAGGUCCACGGAAUCAAACCUGUAAUGUAUGGAAGGGGGGUAUGAGGUCUAGCGACCUUUCCUCUGCCCUGCACAUCGCGAAGUUCUUAAUGUAGGAGUUUGCUAAAGAACUCGGAAAUUGUGCACCUAAAGCGACACAUUAGAGUUUAAAACGACUUUUCGAGCGGUUUCAGUUCUUGACGUAUACUGUUAUUUAUUUCUGUCAUUUUUUUUUCCUUUUGCAGCGAUGCGGACAAAGGUUUGAGUUUAUCGGAAUAGAGACGAAAACCUUCGCAUGUUUUCAUCAAGGAGGGGUUGUGCUCCCCCAGCGAAACUUAGGGAGCCUUUCUCUGGAAACACGACCAGGAAAUGAUAAAUAAUACCGCGGCCAUCAAUGGUGCUGCAUGGUGCUGUCUGUGUUUGAAGGUUGUGCCAUUCCCCUUGUUACUCGCGGGGGAAAGUGAAGAAAAACUGAAGUUAUUAUUUGUCUCAAAAACAAACUUAGUUGUUUUUGAUUAUGGUCGUUGGAUUGUGUCGACUGUGAUAACGGUACAAGUUGGAAACGCUGCACUUAGACUUGUCAGAUGCUUUCCACAGUUCUACCAGUGCAAAAGUCGUCUCUCUUUAUACUGAUUUCAUGGAUCCUUUGACGCAGUUGUGUAAAUUUAUUAUUUAAAUUUUCAAUAUCGUCUUGUUUCUCAUGCUGUAGGGAACAGCAACGAAAAACAAACGCUGUAAAGCCUUUGUAAGAAAGCAUGCGGGCAUGCGAAAGUAGUAAUAACUACAGGAUAUUAAUCUCCGGUACCCAAGUGCCAGGUUUCAUAGUUCUACUUCAGACAAAACGACUGCUUGGGAAGCUAAGGGGAGGUCAAGUCUUUUCAUUGACUGAGUAUUUCCAAGAAUUAUUCCCCUAAUCGCGAAUGUCAAGGAAUCAGUGGUUACCCGACCGCACUGCAUCCCGGGAAUAAAUAUCCUCGUGUUUGGUUCCGAAAGAAUUCUUGACUCAGUAGGAAAGCUUGUGCGUCGUUUGUUGAAACGAUAGAUGCGUUGUAACAUUAAUUGGAGAGACGAGGACUUUAUUCUUAGUUCAAACUUUACUUAGAGUCUCGCUAAACUAACAAAAGUAAGUUACAAGACAAAAAGAAAGUUGAUAAAGAUUUUCAGAC